AUGAGACGCAGUACAAAACUGUUUCACGUGUCAAAAAAAAUGCGUCGCACAGUUAACAUAUUGAAUAAAGUUUAUUUACAUACAUUACCUAGGAGAAUUUCAAGCUUUAAAUAUUAUUAAUAAUAGUACUGUUUGUAUCGAUCGAAAUUAUUUAAUAGAAUUAAAUAUGAAACUUGAAGAAAAACUUAUCGAGAUUGUCAGGAAAUAUCCUGAAAUGUAUGAUACAAGCAAUUGCAAUUACAUGAAAACUAAACAUAAGACAGAAAUUUGGAGAAUUAUCGGGAAUGACUUAGGAAUCGAUGGUGAAAAGGCCAAAGAUGUAUGGACAAAAUUAAGGAAUAAUCAUAGAGAUGCUCUACGACGACAAAGAGCCAUGAUAAAAAAUGGUGCAGCUGCAACAGAAAUAAAACUAUGGAAGUUCCAAUCACAAAUGGAAUUUUUAUUGCGAUACAUGAUCCAUGAUUAUCGCGAAAUGAAUUUUACUAAUGAUGAAGAGAGAUACAUCAUUCACGAAUAUCGUGAAAUGAAUUUUACUAAUGAUGAAGAGCAAGAACCAACGCAAGACGAGGUUACAGAAUCUGAUAUAAAAUAUUCUGAGGACCAGAUUGCCGAAGAAAAUGAUGAAUUGGGCUCACUGAAUACUCCUAGCGAAGGAGAGGAAAACUCAAUGGAUUCACUUGUAAUGGAGUCUACAAAAUCUCCUAUCCCAAAAAAGAAAGUGAAAAAGAGUGAUAUCGGUAACUUGAUUCAAAAAAAUCUUGAUGAACGUGAACAGUCGAAAAAACGGGAUGAAGACAGACAAAAAUUGUUAGAAAAAAUCGUCGCACCAACGGACGAUCUAUAUUUAUUUUUUAUAUCAAUGUAUGAACUUACAAAAAAAAUGCCUCCAACAUCUCAGCAUAUUGUGAAAAGGAACAUUUUCCACGCAGUAUCAGAAGAGGAGGCACGCCUGCUUAACAUUUCUGUACCAACCUAUUCUUCACACCAGCAAUUUUCACAAGAUCUUAAUACGAACUCGUACGUUAAUCAUUCGGAUUGGUCUACCAUUUCUCCAAAUGGACAAGCACAUUCUCCUGCUGCUACUUCCAAUUCACCCGAAGAAACAUCGGAUUCCAAACCAAUAUUACCCGACAUCGUGACCUAUAUUGACGACUUCCCCUCUUGAUGGUCUGUUUGUUUGAGUUCACUAUAUAAUGAGAUGAAUUUUACUAUUUAUAAAAUGUAUAAUUUAAUGCUUAGAAAAUAUACAAUUUGGUUUAAACUUUACUCAUAAUUCAGGGUGGACUCAUGAUAUGCUUUAGUGUUUGUAUCAAUAAUUAACUGAAAAAAGGAGCAAUUUUCAAAGAGAUAAUUAGAUUAGCAUUAUGUCUUUAUUGAUUAGCUAAGUUACUUGAAAAAUAACUAGCAAAAACAUUUUCUAAUUAGUUCCCAACUUUGAGGAUUUCAGAUGGUUUAGAAAUUCGAGAAAAUCAAUGGCAAAGUAAGAAAAAUUGUAGGCUUCGUUUUUAUUCUUAACACAAUUAUUUUUAUUGUAUGCCAUACUGGAACUACCUUUGUGUAGAUACAAACCCAUUUAUUUCAAUAAGUGUCUCAUUAUAUUGCUGAAUACUGAUAUAUACUUACCUUUAGACGUAACUUCAGUACCUUUGAACAUGAAGUGGUGAAAUAGCUUUAUUGAGUUUGAGACGAUCCUCUGAGCAAUAUCGCGUCUACAUUAAAUGUGACGGAAUAAAAAUACUUUUGUCUCCCCAUACGUGAAGAGACAAAUAACGCCAUUUUUUAUUAAAAUACGUACCUCAACUUCUAUUUGAACCAUUUCUAGUGGAAAUUCUUCAUCAUUUCGCUCAUAACGGCUAUUUAUGUAUAUUUUUGUUCAUAAUUAAAAUUAUAUUUAACUUGGAAUUCGAUAUCAUGUCCGUGAUUCAAUUCAAUCCUACUUCUAUCGAAAAACUGGAUAAGUGAAAUAAAAACUAAUUCUUACCAAAGUCGACUUCAUUUAAGACUUCUUCAGGCUUUGUUAAAUAGAUACUAGUUUUCAUUUAUAAAUCAGAGAUCGAGACAAAGUGAAAAAAGCGAAAUGUUGCAAUUUAGUAAUACAUAUCGUUUGAUUCGAUUUUUCCACAUCAUGUAGAAAUACUUCACAAUAAUGAAUAAAUUUAAAAACAAAAUUACUUAAUUGCAGUGUUUCGUCUUUUUUUAAGACUUCGUA